CCUAACCUAUCACAUUCAUACCCCAGUCGGAAUUUCAACUUGGCUUCUUCUCACCCUUCGACGAUACAACACUUAGUUAACUGCACCAUCGCCCAACAAGCGGCGUGAGAUCGCGCCCAUUUUCUGCUGUCUUUUCCCCGGUGCUAUCCGUACCGGCGACCAGGAGCACGGACGGAGGACGGGAUCCAACAUGCUCCCAGAAACCAUGGGUGAAUCGAGAAAAUAUCACCAUCUCCAUACUUAAUGUCCAAAUCGACCAUGCGAGAUAAGGACGUUGACCUCGACGACGGUCGCGCCUGGGAUGACCGUGGCACGCUCUUGCAAGAGGAAGUAAGAGGGGCGGCAGAGGAAACGGAAUUUAGUGAAAGGCUGGGGAGGACUUUGCAGAGGAAAGAAAAACAGGAUCAGGACGACGACGGCGUCUCUCGAGCAGACAAGAUGACCGCAAAGCAACCACCACUGCCCAUAACCGAUCCGUUCCCCACGCUCGAAAUCGCCGCCUCGACUUCCGCCGCCCCGAGACCUGAGAGAUCCCGGCCAGUCGCCAGCGGGGAUGCCUACGCACGCUCGUCCGACAGAACAUCCAGUAGUAGUGGGAGCAACAGUGUCAACGACCACCCUUCCUCAACGGUCACCGUUUCUCACGUUCCCGAAAAAGCUACGUCCGGUCGGUCGGUCGACAGCAUCACUGUUUCUAAGCCGCGUACGCUGUCCAUUUCGAAGCCCGCCACCAAGAAGCCGAGUCAUGAGAGUGUUAGGAAGCUGUCUGCCUCCCAGAUGCAGGCGUUGACCUCGUCGCCCGAUUCCCUUCCCGUCGCCGCCGCCCCUCUCUCUCUUGCUCCUCCUCCGCUGCCCCCCCCUCAUCAACGCAAAGCGAACGGCACCGAGUAUCCGAAAUCCGCCGGCAUAGCUGAGUCGGCGUCCCGUCUACCCGUGGGACAACUUCAAAAUAGCCUUCACGCCUCGGCCGAGAACGAGAGUCUGGCUGUGCCAUCUACGCCAGUCUGCAACUCCCCCAAAACCGCCGCCGACCUCAGACGGCCUCCUGCUCCAUCGCGGACGCUUUCCACCCCUCCUAUCAAUCGGAGGGCAACCAUGAGCUCCCAUACAACGUCACCAAACGCGGCGAGACGGAAUUCGUUCAAUCCUCUUCCUCGCCCUUCUCCCCUGAAUCUUUCCCACGUCGGGCCAAAAAUAUCUAUGUCUUCGCACAAGCCAGACCGGGUCGAUCAGCUACCCCCAUCUCCCAUUCUUCCCGCCAUCCCCCUCGCUCCCAUGUCGAUCCAUACUCACCUCAAUCUUGAAUUAGCUGGUCAGCGGCCCAGUCCCCUCUACAUUCACCAUUCGCAUGCCGCCGAUAUGCCGUACGAAUCUAGUGCCGUCAAGUUCGAGCGACUAUUUAAUGCUAUCAGUCUACCAUGGUAUCUCGAACAGAUCCUCACCUUCGGUACCCUAGCGUGCCUCGACGCAUGGCUGUAUACAAUCACCAUCCUACCUAUGCGCUUCCUAAUCGCCGCAGGCGUGCUUGGGAAAUGGUGGGCCUACGUGGUAGGGAAAGAGGUCAGGUGGGUUGUUGGCUAUGUCUGGCAAGGUAUCUGGCGGCUCUGGCAGAGAGCGAAGAGGGGACGGCCUCCUCACGAUCAGUCCAGCCAAGCCGCCAGCGAGGCUGAAAGGAGUCAGAGCCGAGCGAGAGGGAGUAGCUCCAACACCCAGCAGAACGGAACGCUGCGACAUCGCACCGCAUCUGAGCCAGGAGGUCUGACCUCCCUUGAGACUUCUCGCUUGAACGGCAACGGCGUAUUCCACCCGCCAAAGCACCCUCUGCCUAGGACCGGGGGUUCUCGACACCGUAGAACGAAGUCGAUUCCAUCUAACCUUACGCCGUAUCACAAAGCCGAUCUCCUCCAGGGUGCUAUCCUCCUCUGCAGCGUCAUAGCCCUAAUGGGCGUAGACGCCAGCCGAAUGUAUCACUUCAUCCGAGCCCAGUCCUCCAUGAAACUGUACGUAAUUUUCAAUAUCCUCGAGGUUGCUGACAGGCUCCUCUCGGCGCUCGGCCAGGAUAUUCUUGAGUGUCUCUUCAGCUCCGAAACCCUUUCCCGCAACAGCUCCGGACGGUCCAAGGUGCUCUUGCCUCUUGGCAUGUUCAUCCUCUCGUUGAUAUACAACGUCCUCCACACCUGGUGCUUAUUCUACCAGGCCAUCACGUUGAAUGUUGCCGUGAACUCCUACUCAAAUUCCCUCCUUACCCUUCUCAUCUCAAACCAGUUCGUCGAGAUCAAGGGGAGCGUGUUCAAGAGGAUCGAGAAGGAGAACCUCUUUCAGCUUACUUGUUCAGACGUGGUUGAGCGCUUCCAGCUGUGGGUCAUCUUGUCCAUCAUCGGCAUGCGAAACGUUGUCGAGGUAGGCGGGUUCUCCGUGCCAGGGGCCGGGAGCGAGCUGGACGGAAACGUCACGAAGCCCGGGCCGGUGCACACGAGCUCGAUUCUACCCGCGAGCUUCACUGUCCUGCCGUCGUGGCUCCUCUCGGGUGAAGUACUCUCGCCCUUCCUCGUCGUAAUUGGCAUCGAGAUGAUGGUCGACUGGAUCAAGCACGCGUACAUCAAUAAAUUCAACAACAUCAAGCCCACCAUAUAUAAGAGAAUGCUGGACGUACUGGCCAAAGACUACUAUACAAAUGCCUUUUCGGCGCCGUCGCUGACCCGCCGUCUGGGGCUGCCACUCUUACCUCUCUCGUGCCUCUUCGUCCGCGCCAUGAUGCAGGUCUACCAUAUGUUCCUCUCUACACAUCUACAUCCGCCCCUCCCAACAUCGACUACGGAACUUUUGGUCGAAUCUUCCACCCCCUCUUCACCCGCUAUGAUUGCUGCGUUUGAGCAUCUCGAUACACUUAUCAGAAACGCACUAGGUCGUGCAGUGUAUGGUUAUCCUUACAACUCUCCUGAUCCCCCGUCCUUCUGGGCCUUCUCCUCGGAUGAUGUAAUCGCCGUCUCCAUGACCGCGAUAUUCUUCAUGUCUCUCUGGUUUGUUUUUCUCAUCGCAAAGCUCCUCUUAGGCAUGCUUCUAUUGCGGUACUCGAGGGAGCGAUACGUUGCGAUGAAGCGAAAGGAGCAUUCCGUAGCGGCCGGCAAGGCGGAGCACGAGAACUUUUCGCAACCGGGCAAGCGAAUCGGCUCGUGGGGCGCUGUCGAGAUCGGAGACGAUCGUAGGAGAUGGUUGUACGAAGAUGACCAAGAUGGACUGAAGAAGAUGCGCGAGCGGGAACGCAAGACGGAGGAGAAGUUUAAGGAGAAAGGCGAUGACGGGCUCUCUAAAGUCGUGAGAUACGAGAUGAUAGCCAAGCGAAUAUGGUGAAGCUAUCAUUAUCGCCCCGGUCCAUUACCGAUUGUUAGCAUGGGUUGGCGUUGUUAGUAACCAUUACGGU